CCCAACCAACUUCCACACUCACCACAGGAAAAGUCGGGAAAAUACAACUGCCCCCCCUCCAAGCAUGUCGCUGUUUCUGUUGGUCUGCAUGUGUUUUUAAAGCUAUUACGGUAAACAUUAACGGGGCAGCCGUUUCGCCGGAGCGCUGGUGGAGUAGUUGCCGCCACUUGGACGCUGUUGAGGGCGCUGUAGUGGGCUAAGCCUUGCGGUGCUGGGACGGUUCGCUGCGAUGGAGAACAUGUACUGACCGGAUUUGGAAUUGUUUUCUCUUGGAUUACUCCCUGUUAAACCGACCCGGUUUGUUUCCCCCCGUUGACAUUCUCUCGGUUCCUCUGCUUGUGUGGAAGUAGUAAAUACUUUGAAAUAUGCCUGGAAAAACCAAGUAUAACCUCGUUGAUGAUGGACAUGAUCUGAGGAUCCCGUUGCACAACGAGGAAGCGUUCCAACAUGGGAUCAACUUCGAGGCAAAGUACAUCGGCAGCCUGGAUGUGACGCGGCCGAGCAGCCGAGUGGAGAUCGUGGCUGCGAUGAGAAGAAUACGAUAUGAAUUCAAGGUGAAAAACAUCAAGAAGAAAAAAGUCCACAUUGUGGUGUCUGUAGACGGUGUGAAGGUCGCCUUGAGGAAAAAGAAAAAAAAGAAGGAGUGGACAUGGGAUGAGAGCAAGAUGAUGGUGAUGCAGGAUCCCAUUUACAGGAUAUUCUAUGUGUCUCAUGACUCCCAGGAUCUGAAGAUCUUCAGUUACAUCGCCAGAGACGGACAGAGCAAUGUCUUCCGCUGUAACGUCUUCAAGUCCAAGAAGAAGAGUCAGGCCAUGCGUAUCGUCCGGACAGUUGGCCAGGCCUUUGAGGUUUGUCAUAAACUGAGUCUGCAGCACACGCAGCAGAACGCGGACGGACAGGAGGACUGCCACAGUGAGAAGAACGGCAACGACUCCUCCAUCACAGGUGUGCGUGCUUAUCCACCUGUAUGUGUGUGUACUUUCCUCGGCUCAGCUCGGGAGCUAACAGGCGCAGAGAAGACUGCGACCGUCGCUGAGGAGACGGACAUUGACGCAGAAGAGGUGAGCCAGGUGGCGGCGGUGGUAGCGGCGGAGGAGUUGAACGUCAACAGAGGAGUGACUGAUCUGGACGCCACAGCCAAGACACCUGAUCUAAACCACACAGAGAACAAGUUCGCGGCCGAGCAGUCGUUUCAGGUGUCCGCAAAAGAGGCACUUCAAGAGAAAGCUUCAGAGGAGGCCUCUCUGCUGAUGUCCAGCCCCAGGAUGCUGCUCCCUGCAUCGGGCGCACUGCCACCAGGUGCCCCCCUGUCUGUCCACCACCAGAUCCAACUGCUCCAGCAGCAGCUCCAGCAGCAACAGCAGCAGACGCAAGUGGCUGUAGCACAGGUCCACCUGUUGAAGGACCAGCUGAGCGCAGAGGCCACAGCUCGGCUCGAGGCCCAGGCUCGAGUCCAUCAGCUGCUGCUGCAGAACAAAGACCUGCUGCAGCACAUCUCCCUGCUGGUUAAACAGAUCCAGGAGCUGGAGACCAAGAUGUCUGGACCGAACUCAAUGGGCUCCCAGGACAGUUUGUUGGAGAUCACCUUCCGGUCUACAGUCCCUCCAGUGAUCUGUGACCCCACGACCCCUAAACCCGAGGUGUCGGCCCUCAACCUUCCUGCGCUAACCACCGGUGACGGGACCAGCAAUGCCUUCUCAUCUUCCAACGGGACUCUUGGAAGCCCCCUAGUUGAUCAAAGUAUGUUUGAGAACUCCAUUGCCCAGCAGCAGAGUCCCCAGAUUUCCAGGCAAGGCCAGCCGUCGGCCCGACGCUCCCCAGCAUCAGCUAAUCCUAACCUGGGGUCCAGCUCCGUUGACUCUCCAUCCUCCGGAGGUCAACAGAGGCUGAAAAAUGCCAUUAACCUGGGCAAGGCUGUCGGGGCAAAGGUGAAUGACUUGUUAAGGCGAAAGGAGCCCAGCCACCUCGGGGACAUUGGGGUCACUGAGGUCAACAAAAACGUUGGUGCCGUGUGGAGCUGCAUGGACCAACUCAACCAGACUAACAGCCACAUCUCCUCCUUCGACUCCUUCCCUCGGCUGGACCCACCACCCCCAUCCGGGAAGAAGCGCCUCCCUCGAGCACUGAAGACCACCCAGGACAUGAUGAUCUCCUCGGACCCAGUGGUCUCUUCUCCAGACGCUCCAGACUCUUCCUCAAUCCUCUCCUCCCCGGAAAAGACGCCCCUGAUCGCGAAGGAGGAGCAGCAGCAGGGCGAGAAGGAGGAAGAGGGGUCGACGGAUGUCACGUUGCCGCUGAGCAACGCAGAGAAGAAAGUGGCUGCUCAACCAGAGACGACGGGGAGCAACAGCAAGCUGGAUGGAGUUAUAGGUGGAGAAGAUGACAUGGAAGACAGAGGCACUGAUGGAGACGUGGAGGAGCAUCAGCCUCAGCUCCAGCUCUCUGUACCAGACCUCAUCAACAAAGAUCCCCCUCUGCUGGAGCCCAGAGCCAAACCCUGCAACAUCUGGGAGAAGGCAUCAGGGCCGGACUCCCGGCUUGCCUCCACCCCCUGCUCGGGGAAGCCUCCCUGUCGCAUCAGCCUGGGCGAGGAGGUCCUGGUGGGGAACGGCACCACCUGCAGUAAAGGCACCGCAGGGAGCGCCGAAGACACAGAGCCCCACCCAGACCUGCUGUCCUUUGAGUAACGAGCAGAGCCGGGGUCCAGAAACCAUUUCAGUAUGAUUCAAAAAGUUUGGAACUUUUUCUCUUAAUUUCUACUCAAGAGGCUUCAAAUGUCUGUGGCAGUAAUUCAAACAGACUGUGGAUCAAAUAUUCACUGCCACUUUUUAAAUAUAUAACUCACCCUGCUCCGGGCUGUGCUGUAGGGAAAGGGAGCGAGUGGUUCUCGGAGCCAGAGCGAGGGCCCAAUCUGUUGCUUUUUUAACUUUUCAGCAGCUUUUGACGAGUGUGGACGAGUUUAAAGGUCAUGCUAGUAAAAUCAGGCCCUCCAGCUUGGCUGAUCUACGGUCAGUCAGACACUACAAGCUUCUUCUUAAUGAAUAAAAAUGAGACGGACCAGCACUGGAUGAUGGAUAAAAAGGAGAGAGAAGAUGGGUUGAACUUGAGGAUUCAUUUUAGUGCAGUUAAAGUUCAGAAUUUUUUAUUACUUUAAUAACACGUCAUGUCUGCUUAAGUAAGGGCAGAUAAUGUAAUAAUGAAUGUAAUUAGUGUCAUGAAAUGUCCCUUUAAAUGGGCUGCAAAUGUCAAAGUACUGGUGAGCAUAAAAAACUUCUAAGAUAUAAGAUAUUAAGCAAUUAAUUACAAGACCAUCACAUUUUGAAUCCAUAUAAAGGGACAUUUUGUUACGCGUUAGUCAUAAAUUCAUAUUAUACAAAAGCUGCUACAGUCAGAAACUGCAACUAAUAUGACAACCAGAAUUACUGUAGAUGACAGAAUGAGAGGAAAUUGUUUGAAAACAGAAUGCAGGCUCUGGAAGGAGAAGAAGAAGAAGGAAACGAGUGAGAGAGGCUGAACGAUUGUGGAUGUGUUGGAGAAGGCGAGGUUUGGGGGAAGUUCACUUUGAUUUCAGUCAGUACAGAAUAUCAAGCAGCCAUUUCUGCCAGAUUGUGGUCAGGACUGGAAGGCUUUUGACCCUUGGCUUCAUCCAUAUUAAAUCAUCUCUUAUGCUCUUUGGUCCAUUUGGAGUUGCAGCAACACCAACAGAGCUUGUCCCCUCCCACACUGACCUCUGGCACCCAGUGCAACCCUGAGAGUGACCUUUUAAAGCUGGAAAUCUCACUGGCUGAACUGAAAGUGAAUUUUUAUCAUCCCCCCCUAAAAACCUGACAGAGCGUCAUGAUGAGCGGAUGGAGAAGCGGCAUGUGGAGGGCGGGCAGGUGGAAAGUUGUUUUUGAGCAAAAGAUAAUUAGUUGUCAUCAGAAAAAAGAUGAAAGAGGUGUGUUUUAUUCAAGCAGAUCGUUAAGUGACAGACCAAAGAUGCAAAUUAGUGGCUCAGUCAGACAGGUAAUUUUUGUUACAUUGUUUUAACAGAGCUGUCUGAGUGUGAAGAGAAGCAAUAAUUCACACAGAAGAGACUUUUCUCCUUUAUUUUCACCUCAUCUAGGAAUGAGAAGGUGAAAACCAAAGUCAAAGCUUUUUUAACAUUUUAAUAUCGGUUCAUAUACUUGUUUUAAAUCUCCUGACUUUUCUGACCCAGCAGAGAGAGACUGUGUCAGGUGUGUUCAGCAGGUUAAAGAUGAGCUUGUGGAUCAGGAGGAGCACGAUCGAGCUGCAGUGGUUGUUUGAGCACAAUCAAAGUGGAGAUCAGUAUUUUUCUAACACUAUUAUCUGUAGAUCUGAUCCGUGCGACUGGAUUAAGAUUCCAAAUCCCAGACCUGAAAAUGACUGGCAGGCGGCUUCCAUAAAUGACCACUGUGCAGGGAUUUCCUGACCUCAGAAAAUAGCACAAAAAAAACAACUAUUCCCAGAAGAGAGUGAAGCGGACACAGAGCCAGCUGUAGCUGUGGUCAGGUCAUGCCCAGCAGAAUGAGAGGAAUGUGGAGCUGGACUCUGUCAGAGAAAAGAAGCCUUGUCUCUGUCUCCUGUCUCACUGACAUAAAGAUCCCCAUUUAUUUUAAAGCUGUCACUGAUGUCUGAUGUCACCCACAAGACAAACCAUUAAAUCAGUUCAGCCAAAUUACAAAAAAAUAAUUUUCCCAAUUUGUUUUAUCUUGAACUCCACAGACUUUUUAUGGACAGUUUUUCCUUUUUUGUCUGUUUUAUUUUUAAUCAAUUUGAAGUUCUUUGAAAAGAACUCUCUUUGUGGAAGCACUUGCUGCUGUUGAGUUUUUCAAAUGUGUUUUUUCGAGGAUCACAAACAGAAUUUAUAUUCAUUGUUUUGGGGUGGGAAGUUUUUUUGGACAUCUCCAAAACAAAACAGUUUGCAUGGCUGGAUAACUUUUUGGGCAAAUGGAAACAACAUAUAAACCUAUUGGACCUAAUGUUAUGAAAAGGAACGAGAGAAUAUAUUUGACCUUUACUGAAAUUGUCCAGACAGUUCACAAAGUCUGAUGGUGUUCUGCUCAUCAAAACACUUGAAAAUGAGACCAAAACUUCAAUCAGUCACAAAAAUUGAAAACAGGACAUAAUUUUAAAAACCUUUCUUUUAUGUUUUUGAUGCUUCAGUUGUGUUUGUGUUUUAAAAUCUAACUAGAAUAUCACUGACUCCCCAUGAAAACCUGUGUUCAAAGUAUAUUUUAUUUCUUUAUAAGUUUUGUGACUAAAUGUGCAACAAUCAAACUUAAAGUUUCAUCAGGUCUGUGUGGGUGUGGUUUGAUCACAUGUGAUUGACAGUAGCUUAGCAACAUUAGCAAACAAGCCACCGACUCUCAUUAUAUUUCAAUUUACAUACAUUUUUUGGUUUUAAGUUUUUUUUGGGGGACCUUUUUAUGCCUUUGCAUUUGAUAAGACAGUGAAUAUAGACAGGAAAUGUGCAGGGGAAUGAGCAAAGACUCCAACCAGACAGGAGUCGAACCCAGGACUCGCUGCUUAGGGCAUUUGGCAUUUGGCAUGUGGUUUGCACUCUGACUGCCCCCCCCGGUUUUCAUAUAUAUGACAAAGUAUUCUCAGCUGAGCUCUGCUCACUUUAAACUAGUGAGAGAAACUCAGAGAAACAAAUACAGAAAUCUCUUAUGUGAAACAACCACAAGUGUCUGAACUUUAGCAGAAGAUGUUGUGUUCAUGUGUGACCCAUCAUUUACAAUAAUAAGCUAAUUGAGAUAAUAUGUUUUAAUUUAAGGCAACACUGAGGUUUCCAAACCAAACACACGCACCAUCAGACUGACGGCAGCUGCUUGAACUGAUUCAGAAGGUGAAAGCAAUAAGAUACUAAAUGGCUUCAGACAGUCUGGAAAACAUGUCAUUGAAAAGCAGCUGAAGGCAUUUUUUAAAAAGAACAGCCAGAGCAGCUUUAGAAAGUUCUAAUUUUACUUUAUAAAAACCACUUAACUACAUUUCUGUUGUAUUGUCUGAUGAAGGAACAGUGGUGUAUAUUUUAGGGAAAUAUUCUGUCGCUCUUUUUUUUCUUUUUUUUUACAAUAUCUGUGAAUAUGCAAAUUAUCUCUUGCUCUAACAAAUGAAGGAAAGUGAUUUAUUUUGAUAUUCAGGCAUAGAAUCUAGUCAUGGCAACAAUCUGUUCUGUAGCUGCCUCCGAAUCUGAUUAAAGAAAACAUGAUUUCUGCUUUCUAUUUUUAUGCUGUUCAAUCUUGUUUUUGUUUUUCUCUGUGUAAAGCCAGUCAACAUAAUUUCAGCAAUGAUGAUGAUGAUGAUGAUGAUGAUGAUGAUGAUGAAGAUGAAGAAUGAAGGAAGCUAAAUGCUGCACAUGAAGGUUUUUUUUAAGCAAACCUGGGACUUUUUUAUUCAUAGUAUCUUCACACUGCUGCAAAUUAAGUGAAUGUUUUAUGUGAUGAAAAUAUGCUACAAAAAUCAAAAUGAAUCAGUGAUUUUUACCUUAUAUUUUCCUAUUGUAUCUUUUAUAAAGUGGGGAUGUAAUAACUCUUGUAAUCUUUUAAACAAAAAAACUGGAAAUAGACGUGAUCGUGACCUUC